UAGCGCGAUAUAACGACAGAUUAGUAGUAUUGGUCGCUAGUGUGUAGGCCAAAAAAUGGGAAAAUGCAGAGAUGUCAAAAAUCAUAAAAAAAGCUGCCGUUAAAAUUUGUAACCUACAGUAUAUCUCUCGGCUAAACUGGAAUUUCGCUAGAUAUGGUUACAAUCGUCAACAAUGUUCGAUAUAGGUGGACCUCAGGAAAACAUGUAGAGAUUUUGUUAUUGGCCCCCAAAAAUUUAGCAUGAACAACUUCCACCACAGCAAUAUUUCGUGGUGUUUCUGAUGCAAUACACUAGCUUGUUAACUGAACGCAUGCGUUAUUCUCAGUUACUUAGCAACACAAAUCAACAAAACAGGACGGAACCAUAUUUUCUAUCUAGUUUGACUAGUAUAUGUUUUACGAUAAUGCACAAAGUUAAAAUACUGUUAAUCGGGCCUGUGAAGAGUGGGAAGUCAACAAUAGCCAAUUUCUUGUCAGAGGCUGCAGACACAAUGUCUAAUGACUACAGAGCAACUCGGGGUGUCAGGAUUCUUGAAUUUGAAUCACCAAAUGUAAAUGUAAAUGGCAAAUUUGUAACCUCUGAUGUCGAGCUUUGGGACUGCAGUGGGAAUUUAAAGUUUCAGCAGCAUUGGCCUGCCCUACAAUAUGAAACUAAUGGUGUGGUGCUUGUGUAUAAGCCAACUGUGAAUGAACAUGGCCAGCUGUUAGAAAUGUUUUACAAUUACUUUGUGAUACAGAGUGGCCUUUCAGCAAGGAGUUGCAUGGUCCUCGCAAAUGUUGGCUCUGAUGCUGAGCGUGAUUCCAGAAAACACAUUAAACUCCCAGCAGAUACAUUUAGCAAAGUGCUGCAAAUAAUAGCUGAUGUUGAUGGAAGUGGCAAUCGCUUAAGAACUGAUUUUGGAAUUUUUUUGUCAAAUGUAUUUAGUGGAAUGAGAGAGAAACAUGAAGAGGAGGAACUAAAUGUAAUGAAUGUGCAAGCAGUGUGACAACACAGAAGUACUAUCAAAAUAUGUAUUUUUAAGCCUCCAUGUUAUAAACAUGAAAUCAAGUAAUAACAAAUAAAUCUUAAAGAGAAUUUAAAAUGCUUCUGUUUUCACAUCCAUGAAAGAUUUUUCAGUCUCUGUACCAUUUUGUUGUCAUACUUGAUGCUAUUAGUUUUUUGCUAAUAUUUUGUAUUGUCUAUUUUUCUGUGAAUGCUACCAUUUUUAGGCAUUAAAUAUGAAACAAAGAACUUCGAAGCUUAACUUGUACCAUUUGCCUAUCUCAAUAUAUUCCAUAAGUUUGGCCUCACAGCAGUCUCGUAUGAUAUAAAGCUGAAGGUGCCUAUUGGCAAUGACAGCAAACCACAAAGAAUAACAACAACAGAUGAACAACCUUUUUUGUGUGUUAUUACAUUUAACAUAUGCCUGCAAAUUGACAGGGAGUAGAUUUCACUAAGCUUUAUCUGAUACGGAGAAAUUUCAGAAAGAGAUGUAUGAGCAUAAUCUGCCACCUCUAGGUAAUAAAGUGCCUUAUUUGUAAUCCACUUGUGAUUGCAUCCUCUCUAACAUAAGACACAAAACUAAAUAUCAGCAGCAGAGUAAUUAACUAAAUGGCUGUUGGUUACUGCAGGUGACAGCUGAAAACUGCAAUUUUUUUUUA